CUUUUUUUUUUUUUUUUUUUUGUUUUUUUUUCUCGUUCCUCUUCCUUUCACAAUGUCAAUGCUUUCGUGUGUUGCGUGGGUGCCGCGCGGUGCCGCCCUCGCCAAGCCCGAGCGCGUCGAGCUCGAAGAAGAGGAGCUCAAGCAGCUCAUUGAAGACGCGUCGUCCGAGCUCAAGGAGCACAACGAGUCCAAGGACGAGCACAGGCGCAAGGCACAGGAGGCCGCCGCGAGCAUUCUGGGAACCAAGUCAACCGCUUCCAAGGACACUGGCAUUGAGGACGAGCUCGCCGAGUUCAAUCUCGACACGUAUGAUGACGACGAUGAGGAAGAUGGCGUCGCCAUGAACGGCGUGGCUGGAUUCAAUGGCCUUGCUUAUUAUUCAUCCAACUCGCAGGAUCCUUACAUUACCCUCAAGAACUUCGAGGACGACGAGGAGAUUGAGGACUUUACCAUCAAGCCGACAGACAAUCUGAUCGUUGUUGGUCAGACCGAAGACGACUACUCUCGCCUGGAAAUCUACGUUUACGAGGAAGAUGUCGACAACCUUUAUAUUCACCAUGACAUGAUUCUUUCGGCCUUCCCUCUCUGCACCGAGUGGCUGAACUAUGAUUCCGGCGCUGAAGGAGAGACGGGCAACUUUAUCGCCAUCGGCAACAUGAGCCCCGACAUUGAAAUCUGGGAUUUGGACGUCGUGGAUGCGGUCGCUCCAGUGUGCGUGCUCGCCGGCAACAAGAAGAAGGCUUCCAGCAAAAAGAAGAAAACAUCCGACGCUACUGCCGGUCAUUCUGACGCAGUGAUGGGCCUCUCGUGGAACCGACCAAACCGAAACCUGCUUGCCAGCUCGUCUGCUGACGCGACCGUCAAGCUGUGGGAUUUGCAAAACCUCCAGUGCCUCCAAACUUACAUUCACCACAGCAACAAGGUCCAGGUCUGCAGCUGGAACCCUGUCAAUGUGACUUAUUUGCUGACCGGCUCGUACGAUCGCACCGCCUCCGUUUUCGACACACGUGCACCAGACUCUGUCAUUCGGUGGAACCUCCCCGCUGACGUUGAGAGUGGUGUUUGGAACCCCCUGGCUCCCGAGUAUUUCUUUAUGAGUUGCGAGAAUGGUGACGUUGUCUGCUGCGACACUCGCAUGCCCGCAGGUCCCGCAUACACCAUCAGUGCUUCGGACAAGCCAGUCACGUCGCUCACCAUGAGCCCCGCUGUUCCCGGAAUGCUCGUGACUGCCUCGGCCGAUCGCCACAUUAAAGUGUGGGAUGUGAUGGGCGACAAGCCUCAGUUUGUCUAUUCCAAAGAAUUCCAAGCAGGUCCGAUUUACGCCGCCGGCUUCUCCCCCAACUCGCCGUGCACAAUCGCCUUUGGCGGUGGCAAGGGCAUGCUCAAGCUUUGGAAUCUUCUUGAGAGCUCUGCUGUUCGUCGGCAAUUCCACGCUCGCUGCAACAUUGCUGCCGAGAACUUUUCGAACGUUGCGACGGAGGAAGUCGAGUCGGAUGCGGACGAUAUGGAGGAAAUUGAGCACGCCAUGGACAGCGACAGUGACGAGGAGGCUAUUGUGCGCGACGCCCAGGCCCAGUCCUUCCCGAAGAAGACCAAAAAGACAAAGUCCGCUAGCACUCCUCGUGUUGGCACCAGUGCAACCAGCACGGCUGCCGCAGUGCGCGCAUCGAUGAACUCUAGCAGCAGCGCGUCUACUAGCAAACCUGCAAGCAAACCCGCAGCAGCAGCAGCACCUGCGGCCGCAGCAGCUUCUCCAUCUGCAAAGUCAAAGAAACCCCGUGCCAACAAGCUUGCCAAGAAGUAAAGAAUUCUGCACUGUGUUGGCCAUGUCAUCUUAUUGAGUGUGUGUUUCGUUCCCCCUUCUGUUCGUGUAUCAAGACAAGUAUCUUUUGGUUAUUUCCACGACUCGAGACAUGAGCACAAAAACAAACAAACAAACAAAC